AGUCCAUUGACAGCUGAUCGUAAGCCUCAGAAGACCGCGCAGUAAAUUGAUUCCGGUUGUGAUUGUUUUUUGUCUUUCGCGAUGGCAUCCUUAGAAAAACUUAUUCGAGCUCUUGAUCAAUUACAGAUAACAGAAAUUUCAAAUUUAGAUACCUCCAUAAAGAAAAAAGAAAUAAAAACAUAUGUGUUGAACAUAGUUGAAUUCAAUUGCAGCACUAAUGUACAAAACCACAAAGAUUUUGUCUCAUAUAUUGCCUCUAGUAUAGACUCACUCAUAAGAUUAUGUGAUUCCAAGGAUUCUGACAUUAGAUUAGCAAGUGAUGAAGGACUGUAUAAAGUUAUCAAGGCCCUACUUCCAUUGCACAGUAACAGAAUACUAGUAGAACUAUGUAAGCAGAUAAAGAAAAAUGAAUCUCCUCGAAUAUUGAAGUUGUCUAUGAAUAGAUUUGCAGAACUUUGCCAUCUGGCUCGGCCACAGAAAAGACGUGCAUAUCUGGCAAACCUGUUCAAUGCAAUAUCUGUGAUUGCUAAUCGUAAGGAAGAGAUGCUUCAUGAAAGCUUGUCAAAUUUUGUUUCUAAAGUUUUCAGUGUUAUGGGAAUAUUUGCAUUUGAAAAUGAAACAAAAAUUCUACUUAAAGGAUUCCUAUCAAAUUUAUCUUCUAAAUCUUCUAUCAUAAGAAGGUGUGCAGCCAAUGCAAUUACAGUAAUCAUAUCUACAAACAGAAAGUCUGAUGUUUUACUGGCAUUAGUUGUGGAAUAUUUGACUGAUCAAAUCCUUCUGUCUGAGGAUAUUGCAAUGGCAGAUAUGUCUGUGAUUACAGGAACAUUAUUAACUCUAAAAUUGUUACUUCCUGUUUUUCCAUCCCCAUCUGUUCCUGUCAAAGAAAACAAUAACCUUUACUUGGGUAGUCAACAUUCUAAAAGUGCUGCUACCAUGAAUGCAGUGGCAGUAGAACGCAUCGUUCAAAUCUUUGAACUUGGAGUUCACUAUUCGUUUUCUUCGGAUCACAACGUCGUUAACGCAGCUUUAGAACUUCUUCAGCAAUUGCUAAAAAUGCGGACGCUUUUACUAGCCAUUCCCGCCCUAAAAAGUGCAAAUGGGUUACAAGGGACUCGCAUAUCGUUACGAGGAUUGUCAAAAGAAAAUAGUCAAUGGAAUUUAACUGCGCUACCUGUUGCCGAAGAAUCACUUUUGCUAGAAGCAGAUGUUCAUUUGGUAGAAUUCGAAAAAACAAACUUAGAUUCAACUGAAAUCGAUGUUGAGAUUGCAGAAGAUUCCAUUAUUACGGUUGGAGGGGAUGAGCAAGAUGAGCUUUUGAAAAGUGCGGCUCUUCUUGAAAGCGACAUUUUGCCAGCAGAGAAAGAUUUAGAAGAAACUGAUGUUGAGCAAGAAAGCUGUGAUGUCGUUGAUGCUCCAAAGGUGAUUGACAUAGGUUCAUUGUAUGACAAAACAGGAUGCUCUCCCCUCCUCUACUGCGCUCGCCAUUUGUCUUACAGUUUCUUGCUCUCGGAAAGAAAAGGUCAAAUGAAGUCGGAUAGAUCAGUUCGCGUUUCAGUAAAAAGUCUAGCCCUUAAUUGCCUAGCGCAGGUUGGAUGUCUGGAACCUCUAAUUUGGAAUUCUUAUUUAUCAGAUUCAGAAAGAAACACGGAUGACAGCAUAGCGAUAAUUGAUGUAUUGCAGUAUCGUACACACGAGGAUCCACAGUUAAGAGGACAAGUGUCUCUACUGGCUUGCAUGGUGUUAAGCAGUGUGAUUAGUGGUUUUAAUUUGACUGGAAUUGAAUCAAAAACAUUAGUACGCAUUAUUGAUGAAACUUUAAAAGAUAGAGAAGCGGCCGCUUCUCGCCUUGCCCUUCAGGGUCUACAACAUUUCUUGCCGAUGGCAUUGGAGGGUUCAUUUUGCGUUGAAACUACUCCAUUGCUACGUUCUUUAUUAAAGCUGGCAGAAAAUCCGUAUUGGCUAGUACGAGUAGAUCUAUUAGAAGUCUUUACUUCAUUUUCUUGGGCGGCCUUGGAAUUUGGGAUCCAGAAUAAGACAAGCUUUAGUCUGCCUAUGUUCCAAGAGGCAUUCCUACGUAAGGUUGCAUUUACGAUGAUAGGUGACGAAGAUCAGCGAGUCCGAAGUGCAGUGGCGAAUUGUAUUAAGUGUUUGGUUGAGUCAUGGACCACAACAAGAAGCCCACCAAGUGUCAUUCGCCUCAAAUCAUUGGCGUCUGCGUGUAAUUUUUCACAUCAAAAACUAUCCUCGAAAACGUUUGCCGGGGUGCCUUUGUCAAUCAAUGGAUUGGCAGAUGCUUAUUGUGACAGUCCCGUAAACGGAAACAUAGUGGGAAACUUAGCAUAUUUUGUUGAUGAACUAUUUAAGUUACUGGUUUCAUCCAACUCAAAAUUUGUCAAGGUGGGUUGUUUGCAAGCUCUAGCCGACUUAAGCCGUUCGUAUCCUCCUGCUACGUAUUUGGAAAUUUACGGUUGUAGUUCAAAAGGAUCGUGCAGUCUCCUAAAAGUUUGCAUAGCCCUCAUGACGAAUUCCACGUUGAUGUUGGAUCUGGCAACCCACCAAAGCCUAAUCACACUUUCAACUCAACUAUUUGCAGGUUGCGUCAAGGUGGAUUUAAAUGCACCAGAAUCAGAAACUGAAGACAAAGAAUGGCAUUUUCUAACUGGCCCGUUGGCCACUACUGCGUCAUAUCUGCUAAGUCACAUUAGUCGUAUCUUGAAUGCGUUUUGUUGCGUCCUCGACGAUGUCAAUCCCUUGUCGGUUUCCAUAAAAGCACCUUUAGUGACACUUCCAAACCCAUCCGCACUAAGUCCUAUACGUCGCAAACUUCGGGCCUCUGAAGGACCAAUCUUGGACAAGGAAGAUAAAUCAGAUGAAUUUGCGCGUAAGAGCAAACCACAUAUACUUAAUCCAAGUAAUAUUGGGUUUUUCGCUGCUCAAUCUCUCUAUGUCAAGCUAUACGAAUUACUUAAGAGUACCAACGCCACAUGCAAGCUAAGCUUCGACACUGUCACCUCCGAACGGCUAUCCAGUUUUAUCCAGUCCACUUUGAAGGCACUGGCUGCUCUUGUUGAAGUAUACAAUUUUCAAGACAUUGGCAAACACAGUGAAGAAAUCCUAAAUUAUUUACGUAUUAUAAUUACUGUUGAACCAGUUUACUGUUUGCAAGCCGUGCAACAGCUAUUGAAAGCGCUCUUCGGGACGAAUUUAGCAGCCGUCUGGUAUGAUGAAGCCACUCGAUUUAAAAGAGGGUGUAUUUCUCCCAGUUUUUCGGUAACAAUGAAAAAAGAUCAAAGUGUGUCUCUAAGCUACGGAUUCGAUGAUUAUCUAUAUCGUGAUACCGUCCGCCAAAUGAACUUCAACUUAACUGGUGAGAGACCAAGUCUCAUAACCAAAUUUCGAACGUCUGUGAACAAAAUAGGUCCUGAUAAAAAUGCUUUAACUUCAUAUAUUCGCUUAUUUGAGCCCAUGGUCAUCAAAGCCCUGAAAUUGUAUACAGUAACGAGCUGCCCGCAUGUCCAAAAGCAAGUUUUGGAUCUUCUUUGUGAACUGAUCCAUUUGUGCGUCAAUUAUUGUCUCCUGGAUGCCGAUCAGGUUUUUCUGAAUUUUGUCAUCCAGCAGUUCGAGUUCCUCGAAGAAGGUUUCAUUCCGCAAGUUGAAACUUUAUUGCCCUCCAUGUUCCGAUUUCUGUCCCUACUGUCGUACGACAGAUUUCAUUCAAAAACCAUUAUUUCUGUGCCGCGCAUAAUGCAGCUUGCAGGGGGACUAAUGGCUACCGGGAAGGAUGCUGAACUUCAUGUGCUUCCGACCUUGCGACCAAUGGUCGAGGAUCUUUUUCUUUCGAGAGAGAGAAUGAGUGACAACUUCAAAGAACUUGAAACUCAAAAAGAAGUGCUAAUAAAUAUUUUACUCCGGCUUCUUCAAUAUCACAAGGUUUAUCCUUUGAUUACCGCUAUCCUGCUUCAAGUCCAGUUCGAAAAUGCGAGCAAAUGGAAAUCUCUCUCGAAGCAAAUAUGCGACGCACUCAUCCCUCACCUUAAUAAGCAUUCACUAUUCUUAGAUUCGGACGAAGCGCUCCAGAUGCUUUAUAAACUAAUUUCUCAUAUGGAUCCACCUGUUGUUCACGAGUCGUUGCUAGGACUCCUACAAACAUUUACUCCUAAACAGUCAGAGGAUGUGCAUUCUUCCGCAACUUUGAAUUAUCAUCGGGUAUUGGCGUGUCGCCUAACGGUUUUUAAAACCUUGAUUUCCGUUUUUGACGAAGCCUUCCUGUUAGACUGUUUGAAUGAAUUUAACCUUAGUUAUCUGAUCAAUCAGAGGAGUGAUCCAUUGAACGUGACGCCUACAGAAAAUUCACCGCCGGAUCACAUCUUGUCAAGUUUACUGGUCGACACCCUUAGGUUAGCAUUUAGUCAUUGGAAGAGUAAAAUUUUUGCAGAUAGCUGUGGAUCAACCUUGAUAUCAUGGAAAAUCGAUUGUUUCUCCUUCUCCGUUCAUCUCGUAUUGGACCUGAUAGCGCUGUGCCACCAGUUAGUGAACGCCGAAGAUUUUCCAGUGCUCCGUACGGCCAUUCGUGCAGAAUUGGCCCGUGAAGAGUGUAAAUACCCUUUAUUUGAAGUGGCAAGGGAAUUAAUUCCCAACAAUCCGAUAGUUUUUGCACGGUUUUGUGCUUUGCUAUCGCCAGAAAUUCAUUGCUUUGAAGCCAACAACAUGCAGCAGUUUUUUACUGGGCUCAAUGGAAGCAUUGCAGAAGCAGGAUAUUUCUUAGUGCUACUAGGAAAUAUGCGGAAACAAGAAGAAAAACUCGAAGCAUUCAUUAGUGUACAUGCUGACCUUAUCUUGAGUUACUGUAGUGAAACACCUGUGAAGAAGUUCUUCGAAAAUCUAGUUGUUGAUAAAAACUUGAUCAAGCCGCUUGUGAAAUGCGUAUUGGCAAAGAACGGAAUCUCGCUGGUCGCCGCUGCCGUGUCCCUCUUCAACAUAAUAGAGGCUCUCCAAAUUGCGAAUGUCGAAGAUAUACUUUUAGAAGUUGUAUCUAGCUUCCAGUCAAUCUCCAAUGGUGUCGUGCAUAAAAAGUUAGAAAAGCUUUUAUUAAAACUGAACUUUGCCUGUGCUGAAUCCCACCUUCAGUGUCUGAAAAAAGCCCAAGAAAUCAUUCUUCUGUCAAAAAAUGAAAGAUGGUACCUCGAGCUCAUGACCAAGCACAGCGCAUCGCCUGCGCGAAAACUAGAAACGUUAUGCGUAAUAGAUAAAGCAUUCUUGCUAGAAUUUGCGUUGAACAGAAAUCUGGAACCAAUCAUGUGGCAAGAAAUCGUCAACCUCAUCAACCUAGAUGAUCUCCCAAAAUUGUUUAACAAUUACUCUUUCCUCUCAUUCGCCGUUGAAACUGGUCGAAAGUCAAAACCCGAUAUUUUUUUCCGCGUCAAAACAAAUUUUUUAAAUAUGAUUGAUACUCAAGCUUUAGAUAACAUUAAGAUCUUGUCAGUCGCGCAUGUACUAAGCGAAAUGUGCAAAACGAUUCAACCGUCGGAAGUCAAGGAUAUUUUUUCUCCAUCCGAAAUCAGCAUAUUGGCGAAAAUGACACUUAUCUUCAUGGCCGCCAUGGAUUCGCUUCAACGUUCAUUAGUUCUACUACCAGCUUCAUCGGCGAUUGUUUCCGUAUUCGGCCUUGAGCUUCCCAGUGUAUGGACAAAUAGAGAUACUCUUCCGGCUGUUUACAAAGCAAUAGAUACAUUGGAAUCUCUAUGUAUUCGGUUAAGGAACAACACAACGCUUGAACACCCCAGUGUCACCGGCUUGGAGCACAUGAAUUGCCCCGACCCGAACUUUGUUUCAGGUGCGCAACAGUUGGGCCGGAUAGUUACGUUUUUGGAACAAGAAACUCACAUUCCAGAAGUAUUACACAAAGAUUUGCUAUCGAUCGCAAUUGCGUUUUGCCGAAUGCCGCUGUUUUACUCCUAUACUUGCAUUCCACCCUCGGUUUGGAACAAAGGCUGGAAUCCUGUGCUAGCAUUUGAUGUCGAGCGCAUCACAUUGGAUCUGCCGAUUGUGCCCUCAUAUUUUCUGCACGAUGAAAUUGUCUUGAAGGAAUUCAUUUUUCGAAUAGAACGGAUUCGCUGGAUAACAAAAAAGAAAUUCGAAGAAAUCUGGAUGACUUUCCUCGGAAUUCUGAAUUUGCAGAACGAAGAUAACGUACGCCCAGAAGAGCAAGCCAGCGUUAUCCAGGCUACAUGUGAAGCUGUACAUGCUCUUACCAUGGUGCUCCAAAAAAAUUUACCAUUCAGAACGUCAAAUCCGGCGCCCAGUGCCAAUAACCUUGAUAAAAUUCCCGACUUCAUGCAUACUGAAAGAGGCAAAAAACUGAAAGAACUCUGCACUUUAUUGUCGGAUGAUUGCAACGCCACAUCUUCAUGCAAUUCAAUCUAUUAUUUCAAUCGCCUCUCUUUCAGACAUAUCCAACGCAACAUUGAUCAAGGUUCACCAUCUAAAAAGAAAGCUGCUAGUCCUGAGGAGAUUACGGAUAUAGACAUCCAAUCUUGCGUUCGCUUCUUGGUGGAUCUCUAUUCGCAGUGGCUUCAGAGUUCGACUACGCCGUAUCCGCUACUAGUAGACUUAUUUCGAUCUCUGCUGCACAUAUCGGAUUUCUUUGUGGAUACUCAACAGUUUGAUUGGUUACUGGACAAUUCGCUUGCCUUGUACAAGCAACUCCUACCUGAUGAUCCAACUAGCUUAGAGUCCGCCUUGACAGGAUGCAUAUUGAAGUCUGCCUCGUUCACGACUCUAAAUUCAGAAUAUUGGGAUUUAAUUAGAAAGCAUUGUGAAGCUUCACUAUAUUCCCAACAUAUUUCCACACGUGGUAGUGGAUUAGAUGGCCUGUUGUAUCUACUGCAAAAAUUAACCAGAAAUCCAGAUCUUGCUCGUACAAGCUCUUUGGUGAAUCUUGCUAUGGACUAUGUCGGGAAAUGGCUCAAUGCUGAAAAUAGCGGUCCCACUUGGUACCAGUCUGUCGUAUGGUCAAUGGCAUUCUAUUGCGGCGAACACUUUGCAGUAUUACCCUAUCAGCAUAAUGCUGUUGUUGACUUCGUUGUUCAAAUCGCUAUUGGCUGGCUUGUGCAAAAUCCACAACAACCAACAGAGAUACAAAAAGAAAUUUUAAAGGGUUUAGAACGGCUGGGUAUUCUCGGAUUAUUGACCCCGACCUGGCGAUUUACCGUUAAGAGAGAGGUACUGGCCAUUAUUCGCAAUGUUGAUCGAGAUCAAAUUUUAAAAGCGGCUCUACGAACUUUGUUAUCGUUAGUCUACUCAGAUUUUGGAAGCCAACUUUAUCAACCAGGGGCGGAUCCCGAAACGAUGCUCGCCGCUAUGGAAUGGGUAGGCGCUCUUUUCCAACGUAUGAAACGUGGAACAGAUAAAGAAGCGGAGAUCCUUGGCCAAAUAAUGCCAGUCAUAACUUGUGAUAUUUUUCCGCCAGCAGACAUCUUGAACCGAAUUUUAAGUGAAUUUAUGACGGCCAAACCCACGGUCGCCUGCUGUUUGACUCCAACCAUAUUUAAGGUUUUCGGAGCAGCACGUUCACAAGGCCAGCAAAGUUUGGUCGUGGAAUGGAUACUGUUAAGCCUGAGCAAUUUCACUCGUAACUUAAGCGAUGAAUCUGCUAAUUCUGUAUGGAAUAUUCUGUGUUUUUUCACUGCGGCUUCCAGUAACCCAUGGUUGCAGUCGGUGUUUCCCCUUGUAAACCAACCGGUAAAUCCCAGCAGUCCCAUGGAAGUAGAAAUAUUCGUGGCAUCUGCACUGGACUUUGGAAACCAGCUCGAUGACCAACAGCGAUCCACGUUGGUCUCCAUUUUCUUUUCUGCAAGAGAUAAUAGUACGUUUUUUGAAGCUGUUGAUGUCGCGCUAAAAAGUUUAUGAAUUUGUUCUAGGAUGAGUGGCAGUAUAUAAUUUAAAAAACGCAGGUAAUAUGUUGAAGAAUGAGCGUUGUAUUGAAUGAGCUAAAAUAAUAUAUGUUAUAAAGUUCUUA